AUGACGAUAGAGGACUUCAUGUCGGGGAAGAAGCUCGGGAGGGAAGUUGGUGAGAUGGAACCGUGGACGCACAUGAAGCUGGUGACGCCCGGUGGCGAUGAUGCUUGGCGGGGGUCCGGCCGGCCGCAUGGACGUCCUGCCUGCCUUGCUGGGGGUUUCAAGCCUCACAGGAACUUCACGCAGAUCAAGGCUACCCUCCCCUCCGGCAGCUACGCUACCUCCUCGCGGACUACAUGCCGUUCUCGGGUAGAGGCAGAUACUCAGCUCGAGGAGGCCUAUGCAGUAGCUUACGAGGAGUAUCUCGAGAAGAUUAAGGAGCAUGACCUUGUGAAAGAUGCCUAUGUCCAGUGGACGAGCAACCAGAUGGCGAGUUUCACUCGGUUCAUGAUGACUGGAGUGCGAGAGGAACCACUCCCAGAGCCACCUCAUCCGGGGCCGACGCCAGUGUUCCCGUCCAAGGAGGAGUUCUAUUGCAUGUACAAGCGUCAGCGUCAGUUGACCCCGGUAAGUUGCUAACUUGGUGUGACAUGGCUAAGUUGCUAACUCCCUCCAACAUGUAGGGAUUGGGAGAAUCCGGGAACGACGCUCCUGAUGGUACGCCGAUGCACCCCGGUCGCUGUUCUCCUGGUGCUUCUGCCGAACCUCAGCAUGGUUCUGCUUCCGGUGGCUCUCGUCGUGGUUCUACCUUCCCGAGCACCGUCGAAAAACUGCGGCCUCACUUCACCCACUCGGAGCUAGAUCGUCUCUAGGGUGGUGCACCACCAUAGUUUCUACAUUGUACUAGCUACAUGACACAUGCUAUAUGUGUAGAAUGAUCUAUGUAGGAUGAUUAUAUGUACCGUAUUGCUUGUGUGCUAUAUUUGUACUAAAUUUGGGAUUUGGUGCCAUA